UUAAUAGCAAACACUUGUCUCGCUCUGGUAGAACUAGGAAGUAUAUUUUUAUACGUUUUUUUUAUAUAUAUAUAUAUAUUGUGUAUGUUUUUCUGUGGCCUUUUCUGCUCGUGCAGAUCUUCUCUCCGCAGUUAUCAAUCUCCAUCAGCUAUCUGCAGGUCGAUAUAAGAUGGCAUCAAGCUAUGGAUCACUUGUCAAGGAGGCCAUUGUGUUGCUCGAUAAGUUCAGCACUGGCAGACAGUGUUUGGAUGACUUCAUUGAAGAUGCUUCAAAAGCUCUGCAGAACAUGGAUGCUCAGGAUAAGAAGUUCAUACUUGAUGUGGUCUCCGGAUGCAUUGAGCACAAAAAAUUACUGGACAUAGUUAUCAAUGUCUUCUAUGGUCAGAAUGGGAAAUGCUUAUCCAGAGGUGAACGCAGCCAGUUUGUCAUUAUCUGUUACUUUGCCACAUUUGUCCUUGAUGACAUUGGGCUUCAGUGUUUUAGCAACAUUGUCAAAUCUCUGGACAUCAAGAAGAUGCAAACAUUCCUGAAUUUCUUCUUCACAAAUCUCACCACAUGGAUACAAGAAGAGUGGAAUAAUAUCUAUGAUGCUGCCUAUGUGGAGAAACACUGGAUUGGCCCUCUGCUAAGGUGGCGCCCUGAGAUUGAUAUUCUCAUUGACCAGCUUGCUGUCAAAAUAUCUCAAGGGAGUCAGGUCAAGAAAGCUCCAAUCAAAACCACUGAGCCCCAGGAGUUCCCUCUCACCAAACCCAAACCUCGACCUCUGCCUGUUCUUGAGCUCAUCCCACAGCAGGAAAAAUCCAAACCAGUACCAAACAGCACAUACAGGGCUCCAAAGGAGAUGCAGAUGAUAGAGGAGAUAAAACAGAAGAACCAUCAAAAGGCUGAGGAGCUGCUGUAUGAGGCGAAUGUGAAACAGUUCAGAUGUGUAAAUCCGCAGAAGUCUGAACACACCAAGCAAGUGGUGUCCAAGAUUAAGGAAGACUUGGAUUCAAAGCUCAAAUUCAGUUCAUUUCAUUGCUCUGGAGCUCCUUCCAGGAAUAAGACCAGCAACUGGCCCAUCAAACUCAACAGUGCAGCUAUCCUGAGGCAGGGGGCACUAUAUGACCGUCAGGUGGAGGAGGAGCUGCAGAGGAUGGAGCGUUUGAUAGAAGGGGCACGUGAGCCCUCUUCUUUCCUACAGUGGCAGAAGGAGAUGCGUGAGAAGGACCUUCAGGAGGAGUUGGCCAAGAUUGAGCGCAGGCGUCUGGAGGGACGCAUCAGUUAUGAGGAAGCAGCUAUGGCCCACACACGCAUAAUGGAACGAAACCAGAGGACUGUUCAGCUGAAGAAGGAAGAGACAGCUGAGCUGAUGCGGAGAUAUGCUGAGAAAAGGUUGCAGGAGGAAAAAGAAAUGAGAGACUUGGUGCAACAAGUGGCAGAGGGACACAAGAACUCGAAAAUGGCUAAAGAGAAGCUGCAGAAAUUCAAACAAACUAUAGUGAAAGAAGUAUCAGUGCAACGUCGAGAGCUGCUUCGUCAAGCACUAGAGGAAGCACAGGCAGAACUGAGCAGAAAAUUUGAAAUUAUCCGUGAAAUUCGCACUAUUGAGUCACUACCUCGCUUUAGAGUCAAGAAUUUUGACGACACAGAGACCGCAGGCCAUGAGCUGCUGGGAGAGAUGUCCCUGGCCGAGCUGAAGGAGCGGCUGGCCCUGCUGAAGGAGGUCCAGCAAACAGAGCAGCUGGAGAAACAGGAGCACAUCCUGGAGGUGAGGCAGAACAAGAAGCAGCUGCUGUUGGAGCAGAUGGACACCAUCGACCUCCACAGGAGAGCACUGGCACAGGCUGUGGCCAUCAGGAAAGAGGAGAGGAAAGCCAGGCUGGGGUUUCGGCAGACGGUGACUCAAGAUGAGACACUUUCGGCCCUGCAGAAGAAGCUUGAGGAGAAACAGCAAGAGCGCCGAAGACUGAAGCACAUUGAAAGCAACAAGGCCAAAACCUGUGAGCAGGCUGCGGUGCAUACAAACACAGGGACACACAACAAAAAAAGCUUGAAGAAGAAAAGCUGGGAGGAACUGGAGCUGAGUUUAGAGCAUCAUAUCCAGAAGGACGCUCCUUAUGCUGUUUCUCAGAGGGAAACACUUAAGACAUGAAUAUGUGCAACAUGUUACUUGAGUUUAUGAAUGUUUAAUUUUAGAUUAGACAGAUCAGCGGUGAAUCUGCUGC